AGGAGCAACGCUUGGAUGAUGUUCCAGAACAGGUCAACCAGGCGCCUGACUGCAAUCUGUUCGACAUCAUCAAAGUUUCUUGAACAAGCUCCCCAAGUUGCACCGAUGUCACAAAUUGGCAUCGGCUUCAGUCUUGGUGCACGUAUAGAGGUGCCCUGUGUAGACAUGACCAACAGUUUGGUUCAUGUAUCCGCAGCAUUGCCUGGCGCCGCUCGUAUUCGGCGCCGAGCACGGCAACGUGCAAAGAAGACGAAGCCAGUAGCGGAGUCGCCCGGUGGAUGCAUUGUCCUGAUCCGGGAGGACUGCAGAUUGCAUGACAACCCAGCACUACAUACAGCCUCAGAGAUGCAUGAAUGGGUCGUGCCACUUUUCGUUCAUGAUGAUAACGACCCAUCUCCCUGGCCAGUUCGUGGAGCAGGGCUGUGGUGGCGACAUGAGUCGCUGAAGUGCUUUGAGAAGUCCCUCCAGGGUUUGGGAAGCCGCAUCGUCUACAGGAAAGGUAACCUGAUUGAGCAGGUCAUGGAUGUCAUGCUGAGCUCUGGAGCCAAGGCGUUACACUUUAACCUGCAGCUUGAACCUUGGCACCACGAGCGAGACCUGGCUUUGGAAUCCACUGCUAUCUCUCUUGGCCUAGAUGUCCGCAGCUUCAACGCGAUGGUCAUGAAGUUUGAACCCUGGGAGGUGCGCCUUCACGGACAGAAGCGGCAAAAACGGGAACCAUUGCCAGCUGUGCGACGACUGGUCUCACCCAAAGAUUGGCCAUGGUCCAUGGAGCUCGCAGAUCUGGGGUAUGGUCGCACAGGUGGCAGGAAGAUUCCUCCCGGUUUUGGCCAAUUCAACGAGAAGCGCCAAAGAAUGCUCAGUGCUGGCUUCUGUGACCUCAAAGAGGAUGACUGGGCUUAUGAGAUGCGGAGAUUUUGGCCGAUGGGUGAGCAUGCAGCCAUGCGCAGACUGGAAGAGUGGUUGAAGGAUGCUGCAUGGGGCUGCUACUUCCCGCCAGGCCUUCAUCCGCGUGAUGAGGCUGGUGGACGCUUCCGGGCAGACAAGGCUUGGACAGCAAUGCUGAGCCCUUACUUGCGAUUUGGCGACCUUUCACCACGAUAUGUGGAUUGGCGAGUGUCCGAGGC